UUGGGGGGUUCAGCCCCCGUUCCUGGGGCUCCCCCGUUCCUGCCCAAGCAGCCGGGGACGCUCCCGGUGACAGCCGGGGUGCAGCCACAGGUGAGCCCAGGCCUGGCGCAGGUCGGGAUCAUGGAGGAGCAGCAGCGACAGCAGAGCCUGUUACAACUCCGAGCACAACAACAACAACAACAACAACAACAACAACAACCACAGCCCCCCCAAGCCCCCCCUGCGGCCCCUGCACCCCCCCCAGCCCCCCAAAAUCCGGGAGCCCCCCAAGCUGGACCCACCCAAGGCAGCCAGGCCGGGGGGGGGGCUCUGCUGCGCCCCCAAAAUCCGGGGGCCAACCCCCAACUUCGGAGCCUCCUGCUCAGCCAGCAGCCGCCCCAGGGCGGGGUCCCCCCCCCGGCUCAGCCCCUCCAUCACCUGCAGCCCCCCCCGGGCCCCCCCCAGCCCCCCCAGGCUUUGCUGCCCCCUCCCCACCAGGCCCUGGGGGGCGGGGGGGGGCAAUUGCCCCUCCUGCACCCCCCCCCGGGGCAGCCCUGGCCGGGCCAGAUGGGGGCGCCGCGAGCGGCCAUCCCAGGGCAGAUGCUGCUGCCCCCCCCCGGCCCCAGGGGUCCCGUCCAGCCGGGGGGGCUCCAGCCCGUGCAGACCCCCAGCGUGAUGGAGGAGGACAUCCUGAUGGACCUCAUCUAGGGGGGACCCCAAAAUGGGCUGGGGACCCCGAAAUUUGGGGUGAGAACCCCAAAAACCCAAAAAAAAUCCCAUUAAAAACGCCCCAAAAAUCACAGAAAUCGCUCAAAUGAGGGGUCUGAGAACCUUCAGGUGAUGGAGGAGAACAUCCUGAUGGACCUCCUCUAGGGGGGACCCCCAAAAUGGGCUGGGGACCCCGAAAUUUGGGGUGAGAACCCCAAAAAACCCCAAAAAAUCUGAAAAAAUCCCAUUAAAAAACCUUAAAAAUGCCCCAAAACCCAUGAAAAUCGCCCAAAAUCAGGGGUCUGAGAACCCUCAGGUGAUGGAGGAGAACAUCCUGAUGGACCUCAUCUAGGGGGGACCCCCAAAUCCGGGUGGGGACCCCGAAAUUUGGGGUGAGAACCCCAAAAAAAUCCCAUUAAAAACGCCCCAAAAAUCACAGAAAUUGCUCAAAUGAGGGGUCUGAGAACCUUCAGGUGAUGGGGGAGGACAUCCUGAUGGACCUCAUCUAGAGGGGACCCCCAAAAUGGGCUGGGGACCCUGAAAUUUGGGGUGAGAACCCCAAAAACCCCGAAAAAAUCCCAUUAAAAACGCCCCAAAAACCAUGGAAAUCGCCCAAAAUCAGGGGUCUGAGAACCCUCAGGUGAUGGAGGAGAACAUCCUGAUGGACCUCAUCUAGGGGGGACCCCAAAAAUCCGCGUGGGGACCCCGAAAUUUGGGGUGAGAACCCCA